AACUCGACGAUAAAGGUCUCGCCAUGUCUGUCGAUAUCCUCCCAAACGCGAUCGCGCAACUACAACAUAUCCGCACCCGCGACGCAAAUCCAGAUUUGAUGCUCCGAAUCCUCGUCGAAUCGGGCGGCUGCCACGGGUUCUCCUAUAACCUCUCCCUCAUCGACCCGAAAUCCGACCCGAUCGAUCCCGAAGAGGAUUCGAUCAUGUCUAAAGAUGGUGUGAGCAUGGUCGUGGAUGAAGUUUCAUUGGGGUUGAUUAGUGGGAGUAAAGUGGAGUAUGAGCAAGAGUUGAUUGGGUCGGAGUUUAAGGUGAAGGAUAUUCCGGGGGCGGCGAGUGAGUGUGGGUGUGGGGUUUCGUUUAAUUUGGAUUUCUCGAAGGCGGCGAAGGCAUAA